GCGCGAAACCUCACGUGAGGGAGGCGUGACCAGAGCAAAAUGGCGGCGGCUCGGCGGUGCCGCGCCGGGCGCUGACGGGCCCGCUGUCCCCGGGGGCGCCGCGCAGGGGAACCGGCCCCGCGGCCUCCGCGGCUGCGAGCGGCAGCGGCGGCGCUCGGGCGUCGCUCCGAACGCGGGUGGCGGGUGCGGCCCCCGGAGCGGCUCAGGGCCGGGACCGGCGAUGGAGGCGCUGCCCGAGCUGUACGCGAUCUUCCAGGGAGAGGUUGCUACAGUGACAGAAUACGGGGCCUUUAUAAAAAUUCCAGGCUGCAGGAAACAAGGCCUCGUUCACAGGACUCACAUGUCCUCCUGCCGUGUGGAUAAACCCUCAGAGAUCGUCGAUGUUGGAGACAAAGUGUGGGUGAAGCUCAUUGGGAAAGAGAUGAAAGACGACAAACUGAAACUCUCCCUCUCCAUGAAGGUUGUUAACCAAGGGACGGGCAAAGACCUUGACCCAAACAAUGUUUCCCUUGAUCAGGAUGAGAGGAAAAAGCGCACGUUCAGAGACUACACGAGUCAGAAGAUCACGCUCGAGGCCGUCCUGAACACUGUGUGCAAGAAAUGUGGCUGCAAAGGUCAUUUUGCCAAGGAGUGUUUCAUGCAGCCUGGAGGUACCAAAUACACCCUCAUUCCAGAAGAGGAGGAAGAGGAGGUGGCAGCGGCAGGAUGUGAGAGAGACAGAAAGAGCAGCACGGCUGAGGAUUCUUCAAAAAAAAGGAAAAAGGAGAAGAAGAAGAAAAGGAAGCACAGGAAUAAGCCGUCCUCCGAGUCGGACUCGGACAGCUCGGACUCGGACAGCGACGGGGCUCAGCCAGCCAGCAAGAGGCCCAAGCGCUCGGGGAAGCCCAGCAAGGCUCAGAAGAAGAAGCACAAGAAGAAGCACAAGAAGAAGCCGCAGGACUGAGCAGGCGGGUGGGGGCCCGGCAUUGAGUCCCUGCUGCACACCACGAGGAGCGAGAGCUGGGCCAGCGUGCCCCUCGCUCCGGGGACAAGGCGUUUCCUUGUCCCAAACGUAACCCUGAGCAUGUGGUGUUACAGGUGUUGACUUUGGUACAAGUUGUCCUCUGUUAGCUUAGGCGCUGGCUGCCGCUUUCUGCCACCAGCAGCCACGCCUGCCAAAAUUGGCUAAUGCCACCCCUUCAUUGCCAUCUGUCCCGUCCUGUAGCCUCGUGGGUGAGCGGCUGGCGCUCAGCCGUGCCCUCCCUGAGCGUCCCCUUGCUUGGGGAUGGGUGGUUGUUGCUGGGCCCUGCGGUGGGGCUGCAUCCUGCAGCCGGUAACGCUGCGGAGCCGCAAUGGUUCUGGUCCCCACACUCCCCAGCCCCACUCGUGUUAUCUACAAACACUGGGAGUAGAACAGUCAGAAGCAAAUGGGGGAGUGGAGAUAGUGUAAGUCAACAUGAACUGCGGUGUGUUUGCCACCUUGGUAAGUGAUGGAAAAUAAAUCUCCCCAAUCUCCAGUU